AUGGAACACAAUGUCUGCCUGUCCCCGGAGCCGGGGAAGCUGCACGGCUUCGUCGCCUCUCCGGGCAACUUCAUCUACACCCACGCGCGCGCUCCGAUCCUGAGUUACGCGCGCAUGGCGCCCUUCCACGACAUCUUGGUUCCGUGCCCCUUCUACGUGAACAACCCGGUGGCGCAAGACGAGAAGAAGACGGAAACGGAGGAUUCGAUUCCCUUCCACGACAAGUUGAAGGUGGUUUACUGGCGGGGCCGGUCGACCGGCGGCCACGCGCUACGCACGACGUGGCGGUACGGCCACCGACAGCGGUUUGUCGGGUUCGUGCACGCGCUGCAGCGGGCGGCGGAGGUAUUCGAUGUGAGUCGGUUCUUCUUCGGCCCCUCCAUCCGGGGGUGGGGCGAGCGCACCACCACCACCACCACCACCACUCGCGGCGCCCUGCGGAUUGCGUUCGACGUGCAGAUGGGGGGUUUCAUCCAGUGCGACGAAGAGGUCUGCGACGAGAUGGAGCGGGUGCUGGGCCAUGCGCACUUCGAGGGCCAGGAUGCCGAGCGGCAGUUUCGCUACCUCUACGACCUGGACGGGAACGGCAUGAGCGGCCGCUUCUACCACCUCCUCUCGCAGCGCGCCGUCGUGCUGAAGCAGACCUGGUUCCAGGAGUGGCACGACGAACGUCUGCUCCCCUGGGCGCACUAUAUCCCCGUUACGAUGGGCAUGGAGGAGCUGCCCUCCGUGGUGGACUUCCUCAUCAAUGACCCCGACGGCGAGCGUAUUUCCGCGGAGAUUGCAGAGGCCGGGUCUGCCUGGUCGCGCCGGGUUCUGCGCGAUAUCGAUAUGUCAGUCUACGUUUACCGGUUGUUGUUGGAGAUGGCGGCAAUCUUUAAGCCUUUGGACCCGGAUGAGAAGGUUUGGGAGACUGUGACCGAGCAGUUGCUCUAA